GAUGUUGACUUGUAUUGUCCUCUAGUGUACAAAAAAAUUCAUCUCCAUCUCCAUCGCUCAACCAAUUAAAGCCAAACCCAAGCUUUCAUUUUUUUUUCCAGCAGUCCCAAGUUCCAUUUGUAAUAUUGGAUGUUUUCGGCAACAACAAAAAAUAUGCAUCAUGAGUAUGGCCACGGCAAAGUCAUCAUCACCCGCAUCCUUGCUGCCUCUGUCAUCGGAGCCAUCGCAGCAGCCGCCGCUAGUUACUGCUGGCGAAAGAGUAAACCUGUUAAAGAUGAAAGUAGCAUCCCACUGCUAGACAGGACAGAGUCCGGCCGUGUUGGAAACCUGGAAGGAUUCUCCCACUAUGUUGCUAGGCAACUGGGAUUUGCUGAUGCAAACGAGUGUCCGCAGCUGUGCAAGUUGGCUUAUAAUUAUCUGAAAAACCCCAAGGAUUGUGAGAUUAGCAUCUUUGAAUAUUUUGGUAAUGAACCAGAAGCUGAGACGUUGUACGUAAAGCUGAUGGAGGAGUUUGAGAGAUGCAUCCUUAGUUAUUUUGCCUUCCAUUGGAGCCAAGCUUCGUAUAUGGUUAGCCAGGUUUUGAGUGUUGAAUCUGAGAAGGAAACAAAGCUAAAAGGCUUUCUAAUGGCAGCCACAAGACAGAAGAGAUUUGAGAGGGUGACCAAGGAUUUAAAAGUGACUAGGGUCUUCUCCACGUUGGUGGAGGAGAUGAAAGCCAUGGGAACUGUCGACGACGAAUCAAAAUAUACAGACGUAAUGGUGCCGGUGGCCCACAGCCAGAGGAGCCCCGUCUUAUUGCUUAUGGGCGGUGGUAUGGGAGCUGGCAAAAGCACUGUCCUCAAAGACAUACUCAAAGAACCAUUUUGGGCAGGAGCAGCAGCAAAUGCUGUGGUUGUAGAGGCAGAUGCAUUCAAGGAAACAGAUGUUAUAUACAGGGCUCUGAGCUCUAGGGGUCACCACAAUGAUAUGCUUCAAACAGCUGAACUAGUUCACCAAUCCUCCACUGAUGCUGCAUCAUCACUGCUAGUAACAGCAUUAAAUGAAGGUCGUGAUGUGAUAAUGGAUGGGACAUUAUCAUGGGAGCCUUUUGUUGAGCAGACUAUUGCCAUGGUUCGAAACGUUCACAAAUACCGUUACAGGAUGGGGGUUGGCUACAAGGUGGCUGAAGAUGGCACCAUUACCGAGAACUAUUGGGAACAGGUCAAAGAAGAGGAGGAGCAUCAACAAGAAGAAAAUGCUGAUCAGACACACAGGAAACCAUACAGAUUAGAAUUGGUUGGGGUGGUUUGUGAUGCAUAUCUAGCUGUUGUUAGAGGAAUAAGGAGAGCUAUAAUGGUGAAAAGAGCAGUGAGAGUAAAUUCACAGUUAAAAUCCCACAAAAUGUUUGCGAGUGCAUUUCCAAGAUACUGCCAACUUGUUGACAAUGCCAGACUUUAUUGCACCAACGCUCUUGGAGGCCCCCCAAAGUUGAUAGCAAGGAAAGAUGGAGAUAGCAAGCUGCUGAUAGAUCCAGAUGACAUCAACUGCUUGUCAAAUGUAAGCAACUUGAACCCUGGAGCAGAAUCUGUAUAUGAGCUUUACGAAGAGCCAAGUCCACUAGACAAGCCCGGCUCGGUUUGGAAAGAUAUUGUUUUGUCCCCUUCAAGACCAAGCAUUCAGUUGGAGCUAAAAGAUUCCAUUCAAAAAAUCGAAAAAUCCAACAUUGAAGCACAAGAACAACUGUAACAUAAACAUAAGCCAGUUUCAAACCCCCAGCAUGCUAAAUUUGUCACCUUUUGACAAAGCCUUGAAUUUUCCUUUCAGCUGAUUUGGAAAUUAAAAUUGUUUCCAAGAGGGAGAAACAAUCUAUCUGAUAAAUCUUGUGUCUUUCAUUUGUGGGUUUCUUUUUUCCCUCUUCUACUGAGGAAUUUUAUCAUCGGUGUGCAUCUAAACCAAAACAUGAAUGUUUGCUUCCAAUGUAUCGCUUAAUGUAAUAGCCAACCAGUGAUUAAUCAUAAUUUUUGGCUUAAGUUUCUUUUUUUUUUUUUUUUAAAUUUUGA